AUGAAAAGAUGUCCCCCCACCGUUUCCAAAAACUGGGGAACAAACUCCUCUCGACUUUGUUAAUUCACCCAAAGGCAUCCCUGCUGUUUGUAGUACAUCUUUUCCUUUUUAGACAAGGCAGCUGCGUACGACCUAGUGCCACGCACACAUUCGCAACUGACCUAACAUGGGAGGAAGGGACGAACUUGGACAUGCCAAAAUGUGACUCCUGCGAUGCUUGUUCUGUGUGCAUCCAUGAGAAGGGGGAGUCUGAGGUAAUCACGCGUUUCUUUGAAGGGGAAGAUGAAGCCAAGGGGGAUGAGGAAAAGGAGGAGGAAGAAGAAUCCCCUUCUGACGUCACGAUGGACAACCAGAUUUUCCAUCAUAACAAAGGAACCCAUGACGGGGGGGAAGACAAGCACCCCGAUGAGUUUCAAAAAUGCCUCACUCCGGACUGUAACAUGAAUAACGAUUCUCCUGGGAAGGCUGAUUACCUUGGGCACUUUAUGGAUGAUUCGGGGGAGAAGGCCCAGACGUCGUUGGGCAGUUGGAGCAAUUGGAGCAACGCGUUUAAAAAGAAGGAGGCUUCUUCCUCUACCGACCAAGUGACCCUACCCCUGCAACAGUUGCAAGAUAGCCAAUACGUCGGGUACAUCCAAAUAGGCACCCCACCGCAAACGAUCAGACCCAUUUUUGACACCGGGAGCACGAACAUCUGGGUUGUGAGCACCAAGUGCAAGGAUGACACUUGUCUGAAGGUGCACCGGUACAACUACAAGUUAUCGAAGAGCUUCCGCUAUUACAAGCCGCUUACGAAUCUGGACAUCAUGUUCGGCACAGGAAUAAUCCAAGGCGUGAUCGGGGUGGAAAACUUCCGCAUAGGGCCCUUCAAGUUGUUCAACCAACCGUUUGGACUCGUAAAGCGGGAGAAAAGGAGCGAAUCAAAAUCUAACGUCUUUGAAAGAAUCAACUUCGAAGGCAUAGUCGGGUUGGCAUUCCCAGCAAUGCUAUCCACAGGAAAGACAACCAUCUAUGAAAACCUUAUGGACACAUAUAAGUUAAGCCAUAAUGAGUUCUCUAUAUACAUAGGGAAGGACAAUAAACACUCAGCUUUAAUUUUCGGAGGAGUGGACAGACGCUUUUUCGAAGGAGACAUUUAUAUGUUCCCAGUGGUGAGAGAAUACUACUGGGAAAUACAAUUUGAUGGACUGUACAUUGAUCACCAGAAAUUUUGUUGUGACUCCGGUUCCAUUGUUUAUGACAUGAGAAAGAAAAAAAAAAAAAAAAAAGUGCAAAGAAAUUCCUUUACGAGGAAAUAUUUGAAAAAAAAAACUCACUUGAUGGAUAUGUCGAAUGUUUGGCACCACCGUCGGGAAGACGCAGAAGUAGACUCAGAGGAGGAAGACCCAUCGUGGGAAAACCUCUCUGGGGAGGACAAAAAUGGAGAACAUUCCACAGGGGGUGAAGUAAACCCGUAUGGUGGUCACCCGGGAAGGCACCGUAAAGGGGUACACAGCCGACGGAGAAGGCGACACAGGUGGAGAAGACACAUCAGCAGAGCCAACCACGGAAACAAGGACAAUAAAUUAAAGAAAAACAAAAACUACCUCAUCUUCGAUUCUGGAACCUCCUACAAUAGUGUCCCUAAGUCGGAGAUCGAAUACUUCUUCAAGCUCCUCCCGUCGAAGAAAUGUGACGACAGCAACAUAGACGAAGUAGUGGCCAGUUACCCCAACCUGACCUACGUCAUUAACAACAUGCCCUUCACGCUGACGCCGGCGCAGUACCUGGUCCGGAAGUCCGACAUGUGCAAGCCGGCGUUCAUGGAAAUCGAGGUUUCGCCUGAAUAUGGCCACGCGUACAUUUUGGGGAAUGCAACCUUCAUGAGAUACUACUACACCGUUUACAGGAGGGGAGAUGGGCACAAGAGCUCCUACGUGGGUAUUGCCAAGGCAGUGCACGCGGAAGACAAUGAGGAGUAUCUGACCGCCCUGCAGAAAAAGAUGAACCAAAUGGGG